GCAACAGUUCGUAAAAGUGAUCACUAUGGAUCACGCAUCUUCGGACCGUGAAUUCUUGGAUACAGUUCCAGGAGAAAUUGCUUUUUUUCGUGGGAUCAUGCAAGCGCGCCCUGUGGGGAUCAAUCGACAUUUUCACAUGUUGACAGUUCAGCAGCAUAUUAAGGACGCCACCAAGCGGAGUGUGACCGUCCCAGUGUUGUGGGACAAGCUACACGCUCUCUAUGAUCUGGAAAAGCUAGAAAAUAUGGAUGUAUCUGAAGAAGACGAAUCUCCGCCACAGAUGGAAAUACCGCUACCCAAUGAUGACAAGACACCUAACUUAUCCUCACCGGCUGUCCGAAAAGUCAUAUUCCAUCCUCAUUUUCGCGAGGAAUUUUUUCUGCCUCAGGAAGAAUACGAUUUGCUUGUUGCAGAAAGAAGACUCAAAGAGCUACCUAGCUCUGCUGAUGAAAGCACAACCAGGCCGUCAAGACGUAAUCUCCGAGGGAAGGAAAGAAACGCUGGACUGGUGUCAGGGGAUAGUGAAAGUAGUGAACUCACAGAAGGAGACGGUGACCAAGAUGCCAAGGCUGACGAGAGCAUGGACGAUCGAGGACACCCGAUCCGGCACGGCAGACAGCCUACCAAGCAGACGAGGAAAACUGCACAAGUAUCCGCGAAAGCUCGAGGAAUACCAAAGGCUGAACAUGUAAAACGAAGGAAGCGAUGGACAAGCAAACCGUGACAGCAUGCCCAAGAAACACUCCUGAAGGGGCGACAUACAAAGCUAGCGCCAUCGAGCAGAUGUUAUACAUUAAAUCUGGGGAUACGUGUAACACGGACAGCACAUAUAUAAGACUGUCUGGUGCCAUCUAUCUACCUUGACCCGCAAAGAAC